GGCUGGCAUUUUAGUUUCAAUGAAGUUACAGUUGAUAGGAUCACACCGCAGAGAGUACUCCUAGUUUUCAUUCCCAUUUCGGUUACACACUUGCCAGCAUAUAUUUUCCAAAAGCUUUGUUUAGUUUCUGAUAUUUAUACACGAAUUAGGAUGGCAACAAUGCUAGAUACACCGAUAUUGUCCAUCUACGACAUGAUGAUGGACCGCCAGCGGGCUCUGAUCCGCGAAUCCCAGAAGAAGGCCAUGUACCGGGGAGCUUUCGGACUGCGCAGGCUGUUGGAAGAGAAGGCUGCUGCUGCGUCGGAUGCCAAGAAGCUUCCCGUGAAGCCGAAGAUGAUCAAGUCCAGGUUGAGUCUGCUGAAGGUCUCAUCGCCAUACUGUUUAACCCCGAAAUCGGAGACCCCUUUGCCGCCCAACACGAUCACCGCUGCCCAUUUGACCAAGAAGCAGUUGUCCAUCAAGGUGCAGCAGCCGGGCAAGAGGGAGGUGAUCAGCAAACUGGUCGAGCGAAUGUCCAAGGGAUGUCCCAAGACCACCAAUGAGUCGCCACACUUGAUCAAGAAGUCCAAGUCCAAGCAGCAGAUCAGCUUCCGCCGCAAAAAGAACUCGGCGCAGGGCACUUCGCAUGGGAAGAAGGGCAGCAAGUCCAGUGCGAACGGAGGCAAACGGUUGCCCUUGUCUCCCCGGAAGGCGGGAGGGGCUAACAAAGGCCACUCCAACUCCUCGGCUUCUCCAAAGCCCAAGUCCCCGAAGUCAGCUACCAAGAAGACGCGUCUGCAGGUUCUGAAGUCCAAACUAUCCCCUCCGCUUGCCAAAGUCAUCCAAACACCGCCAACCGGUCGCUGGAGGAUUUAGGAAUCUCAGCGGAUUAGGAAUGUGAAUGAAAACGUAUAGUUUGACAGAUUUGAGGUAUAAGCUGUCGCCAGAUUAGAGUAUGUUCUUCAUUUUAAAUGCUUUCACGUGGUAGUUACCAGGGUCCGUCACAAGUGAGUGUUCUGUGGCAGAUACUUUCGAUUACCAUGGGGAAAGUAGUCUUAAAUUGAUGGUUUGUUGCGGCGCUAAUGUAUUGUAAACUGGACUAAUUACUACUUCUUCUACUUCGAAAAUAAACUGAAAAUACCAA